AUGGCUAGUCCACGUACCCGUUCGGUUUUGAAAGAUCUCAAAUUAAAAGAUGAUAAUAAUGUUUGUUUUGAAUGUGGAGCAUUAAAUCCGCAAUGGGUUUCAGUUUCAUAUGGUAUUUUUAUAUGUCUUGAAUGUUCUGGUAAACAUCGUGGACUAGGUGUUCAUUUAUCAUUUGUACGUUCAAUAACAAUGGAUAAAUGGAAAGAUGUUGAAUUAGAAAAAAUGAAAGUAGGUGGAAAUCGUAAAGCAAAAGAAUUUUUUGCCAGUCAAUCAGAUUAUAACGUUAAUACAAUGAGUUUACAACAACGAUAUAAUACACGUGCUGCUGCACUUUAUCGAGAUAAAAUAGCAACACAAGCACAAGGUAAAGCAUGGUCAAUAGAUUCUUCUUCAGCACAAAAUCAUAGUUCGCCUUAUGCAUCAUCUUCAUCAAUAAAUUAUAAUGAAAAACCAUCAAAACAAACUUCAUCGGAAUGGACACAAUUUAAAUCAUUCGAACAGCGAAAUGAAGAUUAUAGUGGUGGAGGUGGUUAUCAAAAUAGUAGUUCAAAUGAACAACAAUGUUCAUCCGGGCUUGGCAGUGGUAACCCAAAAUAUUGGGGUUUUGGAAAUACCAAUUUUGAUGCAUCAUCACAACGUCCAGCAUCAAAUCCUGAUUUACUUGUAUCAUCAAUUUCCAACAUGAGUGUUAAUGCAGCUAAAUGGGCUGGUGUUGCUAAAGAUUCUGUUUUUAAAUUAUCAAAAACAGCUGCUGAAAAAGCUACUGAAUUAACAUCAAAAGUAACUGAACAAGCUAAAGAUGGUUCAUUGUUAACAAAUGUUCAAUCAGGUGUAACUAAUAUUGCAUCAUCAGUGGGUAAAAUUGGCACGAAAACAUGGUCGGACAUGCAAUCAUUAUGGUCAGGAAAAGAUUAUCAUUCAGCUAAUAGAGAAGAUCAACGAUUGCAUAAUAAUUAUAAUUAUUCAGAUGCUAAUGAUUGGCCGUCUUCAUAUCAAAACUCAUCAGCUUCACCAGCGUAUAAUAAUGAUUCUGGUUAUCAGAAUAAUUUUAAUAGUUUACCUAGUCGUCAACAACAACAACAACAGCAACAGUCACAAUCAAAUAAUGAUAUUUCAAAAUCAGAACGUGAUCUUAGUUUUGAAUCAUGGUUAAAUGAUGAACCAAGUUCAAAAUCAUCGACUAGUUCAAGUCGACCAACAUCUUCGAAAAAGACAGGAGAUACAAAUUCAUCUGCUCCAUCAAAACCUAAAUCAACACCAGCACCUAAUUUAAUUACAUUUGAUGAUGAGAAAUGGGCGGAUGAUGAUGAUGCUGGAUGGGAAUCAAUUGAUACCACAAAAUAA